AUGCAAGUUCACGCCCCAGGCAUUCUUGCCUCCUCACUCCGUCUUGCCCCCGCUCAUCCCUCAUCUCCCCGUUGCUCGCUCCUCACCCCAUUGAAAAUAUCGAUAGCAUGCCGUCCCCCCUGCGCUCAUCCCUCCCUUGCGCGCAUCCCUCCCCUGCGCUCCCCGCUCAUUCUCCUUGCGCUGGUCCCUUUUCCCCCCCGCGCUGAUCCCUUUUCCGCCCUGCGCUCACCUCUUAUUCCCCCACCGUUCAUCCCUCGUCCAUCCUUGCCGCUCAUCCCCCUUGCACUUAUCCCGCAUUCCCCUUGCUCCCAUCAGCCCCACCUGUGCUCCCGCCUUCUCUCCCACAACGCUCAUCCGCUAUUCCCCUUGUGUUCAUCCCUCAUUCCCUCUGCGCUCCCUCAUUCCACUGCACUCAACCUUUCCCCUUGCUCAUCUCUCCCCCCUCCCCUCACCCUUCCCCAUGCCCUCGUCCCUCCCCCCUCCCCUCACCCUUCCCCAUGCCCUCAUCCCUCCCCCCUCCCCCCUCCCCUCACCCUUCCCCAUGCCCUCAUCCCUUCCCCCUGCGCUCAUCCCUCCUUUGCCUUGUACUAG